CGGAAACCAAAAAAAAGCUCCGAAUUAUUUCCGUGCAUAAAAGAAAGUUAUGCGCAUCUUGUUUCUGUCUUGUCCCUCUGGCCGGCUCUCGUAUCUACCACUGCUCGGUAUCCUGUAUCUUCAGCCAAAACAAGCGUCGCCAAAUGUACUGCUGUGCACUGGCCGAAAUUCCACCGCCAAGAGACUAAAUCUUAUUCUUCCAUUUUUGGGCUGAACACCUAGAUUCGUUAUCCAGAUCGGCAAGUGUGCCUGAGAUACAUAUAAGAACAGGAUAACACGUGAUUUGACGCUUUCGCCAUGGACUAUUUGGGCGUAACUAGAGGCUCGAUUCGGAGCCACGCGUACCAGAGAUUAGCGCAAUUGGCCGUGGUUCAAAACAACCAGGCGUUUUCUUCAGCCGACAAAAAAUCGAUUUUCUCGGCAAUAGACACGAACAGCUCCACAGAGGUGCCAGAUGGGGCCAUUUCAAUGAACGAAUUCGAGGUUUUGGUCGGGUUGUGCGAUGCUACUGACCUGGCCAAUGCGACGGAUUUCCAGGCUCAGCUUUUGGCCCAGAAAUUCCGCCUUUACCUCCUUCAAUUGCCCCGGCAGCACUUCUCCGAGGCAGUGAUUUCCAAAUUGGGCAGUAUGCCGCCGUGGCUACUCAUGGGAGAAAAGUUGACGUCGGCACUCAUUAAUUUGUGGAACGGGUCCCAGAAAGCCUUAAUACAUGAGAUAGUAAACACCCUCGCGGCCUUUUUGGCGGCUGUUUCCGAAACUGCCCUCGAACUCCCAGGCUACUUGGCCUUGUUGGGCUUUAUGCAAGCGUUGAUAGCCAAGCCCGGUAUUCUUGUUGCUACAGACGAGUCCUUCCGGAUUUUUGGCGUGUUGGAAUCAUCGAUCAACAACACAGAAUUUCUCACUGCGGCUGAGCAAUACUCGGUUUUCCUCGCUUCGAGCUCUUACACGCGCAGCUUCCUCAGUAACGAAUUUGUUGCGGAGUUCUCACCAGUUCUAUUGCUCCAAAUCCUCAGUGCUCUACUGAACAGCAUUGUCGCGCACAUAUGUCGGAAACCCCUGGGAAAUGGAACUUUAAUGGAUCAUUUGUUAACCAUGGUUUCCUCAGAGGAGCCGAGCAGUCCUGCCAGUGGCAACGACAAUCUUCAGGUCAUUCCCAGUGCCUUGACAUUGAAUAUUCCGAGCAGCCAUGUCGACAUCCUCAAGAUUUUGGCGGAUGCCGCUCUGAAGGAAAUGGACUUGUUGGAUCGUGGUGAGAGUUUUUUGGUGUACUCGUCCAUGCAGCGCUUGCGCCAAGGAUACAUGGCUAAGAGCCAAUUGGUCCUGGUGAUUGCAUGCGGUACUUUGAUGGGUGUCAUCAACGACGAGACUGCUAUCAGAAUAUUUCAUGCCACCAUUGGGAUCCAGAAAGUCAUGUUAUACCCGUGCCUCGGCUCUGCUGUGAUCCAAUUGGGCUCGCUUCUUGUGUUCAAAGAUGCAUCUGUCAGCUCUGCGCUUACGCGGACAUUCACAAGCUUGGUCGCAAAUCCAGCGUUGUCUCCAGACGAGUGUUUGAUAGCAUCCAAGGCUGUGGGAAUUGCAAGCAAGAUCUUGUCGCAAGACACCGUGGUGACUACCAUUUACGCGUUGACAAACUUGCUCUCUAUUGAUAGCGACGGCCUCCAAUUACUGGCUCGGUCCCGCAGAAACACUAGCUUGAGGCAUCGAAGCUCGUCACUCUCGCUGGACUCCCGCGACUCAGACUACGCAAGCCCAAAUCGAAUCACUGGAACUUACACCUUGCUGAAGAAAAGCAGCAUGAACAGCGCUAGUAUCCAUCAUUCUAGCCUUAGCGAGCAUGACUACACAAAAGUGUGUAGAAACGCUGUCACAGCUAUUAGCGAGAUUGUGGCUGCAUGUGAUGAUGAAAGCGUAAGCACUUUAGCUGUGGCCAUUUUGUCCCAAAAAAUGUUAAAGUUGAACUCAUCAAUUGCCUCCUCAUUGUUGCAAGGUUUGGUGGCAUGUGCGCCCCAUUUGCCCGAGGGAGAAUUUGUUGUUUUAGUUAGGAUGCUUCAGAAUCAUUCAUUGAAUGCCUUUCAUGCGGAGAACCACGAGCUUUUGGCAAUGCUUACCGAUUCUAGAGCUAAGCUCGCUCACAAUUUGAAAGUCGAUCAUCCUUUGCACUCAGUUUAUUUGGCAGAAACUUUGUUUGCAAUCAUUAGUCACGGAGAAGUGCAAGAAUUGGACCAGCAUCGCUCCCACAGUGAGAUCAGUGCAAUUGGAGUACACAUUUCUCUCCAUUUGAAACCUUUGGCGCAACUCUUGCCCGAUGUUCAUAAAGGACAAAAGCCAUUACACGUCAGCGACAAUCGUAUUCUUUACUUGUUUAGAAACAUAUGGUUCAAUAUGGUUGUCCAUGGUUACUCGCAAGACUCUGUGCAUGCUCAAACCUAUUCUCGUGAGUUGGAACAAAUUGCUUACAGCACUCCCCCUUUGGCAUCUGAAUUAUCUUGGAACAGAACAGAGACUUCCUUGGAAUUGAACACUGUUUUGAAAAGAGGCUCCCUGAAUCAUAACGUAAAGGAUCACAAGCACAUUGUGAGCGAAGUUUUUGAAAUUCCAAGAGCCAUGUCUUAUUCAAAGUUGAUGUUCCUCGCCGCAGCUCUUUUCGUUGAAUCUUUGAGGGUAAAAUCAGGUGAUUGUCAUGCGAUCUUGAAAUACUACUCAGAUCCUUCCAUGAAAACUAGUGGUAUCGACAAAUACCUCGGUCCAAUUGCUCUUCGUAUAAACGAAAACUAUGUCAAGUUGAUAGACUGUGGAGCUAAUCAACAAUUUUCUGCUGCCAACAUCGCCGAGCAGUUGACACACAUAUUGGUCAUCUGUUGCCAUGGGCUUAAAGACUCGCAAGAUGCUGCUUUCCAGUGCUCAGACUUGCUUGUCAAUAAGAUUCCCUCAUCUUUGUGUCACCAUAAGAGUUUGUUUGCUUUAUUUGAUCUCUUGACUCUUUUGUACGAUAGUGUUGUUGACUCGGAAGUAAACCAGUACAACCCUAAAUUUCUAUUCAAAGCAGAGAAGACUGGAAUUGAACUCAAAUUGCCAGAUUCUUAUAGCUGGAGAAACGACACUUUUUCUCGAUUACACGAAAAAGCAAAAGUUUGGGUCAAGUUUCUUUUGUUGAGAUGCAACUAUGAUACCAAAAGCUUAAUUCAAUCGUACGUUUCGGAAGCUGAAAUCUAUCAAUCGAACACUACUAUACGUUUUGGUGUUUCUUUCGCUUUGGAGAUGGCUGGUACGAUUGCUGCUACCGAUCGUGAGUUAGUCCAUCUCCCACAAGUGGCUAAAGGCUCUUCGUUCAAUCUUCUACCACCAGUUAUCUCUCAACUUUCCUGGAAAUCAAAUUCAGUGACAAGCAUUGUUGACAGAAUUUCAUUUAGCUCUGCAGAGAGCAGUGGGAAGGCUUUCCAAGAACUCCGCGAACGAAUCGACACCUUCAAGGACCUCAUUUUGGAUACAGAGCAUCAUUUGUCUUUGGAUGAGAUAACAGAUUUGUUGAGUGACGUUGCAGGUUUUAUUUUGGUGCAAGACCUGAACCUGGCUGAGCUUGUGCGUCAUUUGGUUGAGAUUCCAUUCAUUGUUUUUGAGUCUAGCUCUAUGAGAGCCGCCACUGUCAUAUGGGGCGCAGUGAUGAAAGAAAGACCACACUUAUCCGUCUUGGUUCUUGCCGAGAUCACGAAGAACUGGGAGCUCUCCAUCAAACUUAAAAAAGGCGUCUUUUCCAAAGAAUUUGAUUUGAUCCUACCAGAAUUCAGUAAGAUGGAAUACUCUCCCAGUGACUUCGAAGAUGUUGCUAAAGUAGCAGCUGCUGUGAAUCAUCACUUCCAGCCCCACUCGGAGAUAAUCAAAUUAUUAUCUUCAAACUUUGAGGCUACUAUGAAUCAAAGCGAUCAUCUUUUGAAAAUAUUCACAAGAUUUGUGAAUCUUGGACUCAAGAAUUUAGUCACUGGAAGCUUGCAUCCAUUUUCUCGCUUCAUUAGAUUUGAAUUGAUCAAAUUUGCCUUCGACAUCUUGAAUUAUCACCGCAGACUCGGUUCUAGAAGUUGUCAGCGUUUAUCAGAGAGUAUAGUUGAUAGCGCAUUGUCAUGGUUCAAACUUAAGCCCAGCUAUCCAUUUGGUUCGAAUCUCUUGAAGAUUAAGGCUGAUUUUACUUUGAUGAAAGAAACUGCUAAAUUGUUGAGUCAGGUGGAAACAUACAAUAGCACACCAUUGCAAGAAAAGAAAACCAUAUUAAUGCUAUUCAUGGAUAGCGAGAUAUCGAAAAUCCACGUUUGGCUCAACCCGUCACACGCUCUGGAUAUGAGAGGCGCGUACAGCAGUACGCAAAUCGGCGAGAAUCAUAUCAAAGUGGCAUAUUCUAUUGACCCUCAAUUGGCUCUCAAUUUGGCUCACAGAUAUAACAUCAAACACCUUGAUGAACUGCUUCAAAAUCUUAUUUCAAAAAAUCCCAUUCCGGCAAUGCCGUACGCUGAUGCUGUGCAAUACUUUAUUGGUGUUAAUGCAAGUACUAACACGCCAUCGCACCAUUUAUUGUUCUGGGAACCUUUGGCUCCAAUCGACGCAAUAACCUUGUUUUUACCACCAUUUGGUAAAAACCCUUAUAUCUUACAGUACACCAUGAGGUCUUUGGAACAUCAUGAUGUAAACUUGACGUUCUUCUAUGUGCCUCAAAUUGUUCAAUCUGUCAGAUACGACCUCAAGGGAUAUGUCAAGAGAUUUAUUAUCGAGACGGCCCGCGUCUCAGGAUUAUUUGCCCAUCAAAUUGUGUGGAACAUGAUGGCAAACAGCUACAAAGACGAAGAAGCCACUAUUCCUGACUCAUUGAAGCCAUCGCUAGAUGAGAUCCAGAAGUCUAUGCUCGCCAAUUUAAGCCAAGAAGACUUGACAUUUUACGAAAAAGAGUUUGGUUUCUUCGACGAAGUCACUUCCAUUUCUGGUAAAUUAAAGCCAUACAUCAAAAAGUCCAAGGCGGAAAAGAAGAUCAAGAUAGACGAAGAAAUGAGCAAAAUCAAGGUACAGCCCGGUGUCUACUUGCCCAGUAACCCGGAUGGUGUCUUAGUUGACAUCAAUCGAAAGUCCGGAAAGCCAUUGCAAUCGCAUGCAAAGGCGCCAUUCAUGGCAACCUUCAGGAUCAAAAAAGAGAUAGAGGAGAUAGAUGAAUACGGGAAGGCCCAGAAAAUCGAAAUAGAAAAGUGGCAAAGUGCAAUUUUCAAAGUGGGCGAUGAUUGUCGCCAAGAUGUGUUGGCAUUACAAUUGAUCUCGGUCUUCCGUACAAUUUGGUUGAACGCCGGUCUUGAUCUUUACGUUUUCCCAUACAGAGUGACUGCCACUGCUCCAGGGUGUGGAGUCAUUGACGUCUUGCCAAAUUCCACGAGUAGAGACAUGCUUGGAAGAGAGGCGGUGAAUGGCUUGUACGAGUACUACACCACUAAAUUUGGGCCAGAAACCUCAAUUGAAUUCCAACAAGCUAGAAACAAUCUAGUUCGCUCUUUGGCGGCAUACUCGAUCAUCUCUUAUCUUUUGCAAUUCAAAGACAGGCACAAUGGUAACAUUAUGUACGAUGACCGGGGCCAUAUCUUGCACAUUGACUUCGGGUUCUGUUUUGAUAUUGUUCCAGGUGGUGUGAAGUUCGAGGUGGCUCCCUUCAAGCUUACCAAGGAGAUGGUAAUGGUAUUGGGAGGUUCCGACCACACACAGGCAUACCAGUGGUUCGAGGAUCUAUGCAUUAAAGGGUUUUUGGCCUGUAGGCCAUACAUGGAAACGAUAGUGAGGUGUGUGACACCAAUGUUGGAGAGUGGCUUACCGUGCUUCAAAGAAACCACCAUCAAAAAGUUGAGAAAAAGAUUUGUGCCAGGCAAAGGCGAGCGCGAGGCUGCUCAAUACUUCAAAGGAUUGAUACGAAAAUCCUACGAGAGUUUCUACACGACUGGCUACGAUGAGUUCCAGAGACUUACAAACGGUAUCCCAUACUAA